AUAAAAGAAAUGUAUAUAAUAACCCAAAAUGAUUGAUUAUUGACUAGUUGUUCUCUGAAUCAGAAAACAAUCAGAAACCAUGAGAGUCCUGAUUCUCGCUGCCCUCAUCUCAGUGGCUGUAGCCCACCCAGGCCUGGUGCCAGUAGGUCCUGCUGGCCCAGUCCCUGCACCUGAACCCAUCGCUAUUGGCCCUGCCAUCCUUGACAACUUCCACCCCAUCGCCAUUGGCCCUGCCGUCGUUGACAACUUACACCCUAUCGCUAUUGGCCCCGCCAUCAUUGACAAUGUACACCCCAUCGAUAUCGGACCCGCUCUUAUCACAGAACCCGAAAUUCUUCCUGACCCUGUUCACAUUGUUCCUGAGCCCGUUGCCAUUGGUCCUGCUGUCAUCCCUGCCCCUUCUCCGUCUCCUAAAGGUCCCCUUGUGCAAAUUAUCAUGAACAUCAACUCUGCUGAGAGCGCGCCUGCACCUUCACCUUCACCUGUGCCAGUUCAGCCAGUGCAUGUUGUUGACGAGGUUCCCGUGCCCGUUCACCCUCUGCCCGUUCACCCUCUGCCUGUUCACCCUCUGCCCGUUCACCCUCUGCCCGUUCUCCCCUUGCCCAUUCACCCCUUGCCCGUUUACCCCCUGCCUUUUCCCCCCGUACCCGUACACCCCGUGGAUGUUGUCGAUGCACCGCCCGCACCUGAACCCGUAUACAUUCCACCUGCAGUCAUUGGUGCGCCUGUACUCCCUGAACCAAUUGUCGCACCCCUCGAGCACCACUAAGAAGACUACCGCACUGUGAACAUCUAUGCGACUUAAGUUUUAAACUACGAGUGUGCACUACUGAAGUUUUUAUAGAUUUUAUAACUUUUUCUAUAACGAUGGUCGUGUCUCCAUUUCGCUGUUAAUAUUAUUUUGAAUACGAACAUUAAAUAACUGUUUUGAUCAAUAU